GUUAUGACAAACGAGCUGGCUUUUGUAUUUAUCGGUGUCUCUAUUGUGUUUUGUGAUUUUUCUAGAUAAAAAGAAAAUGAAAUUGCGCAGCCAAUCCUACCGCGAAAUGGUUAAAAUACUCAAAGACGCUGGUGUCUAUGAGGAAGGAUUGCAAACUUCAGAGCUUAAGAAGCUUGCGCAGGACGUGGAAAUGUCCACCAUGGAGCAAAUCGAGGCAAACCAGGAAAACCAGCAAUUCGAAAGUGCCCGCAAUGAGGGCGAGCUAGAGGUUAAUUCAUCGCACCCCGUGGAGCUCCACCAAUCUACUGCCGACAUGCUGCCGUCUGUGCUGACGCCUCGAUUCUCGCUUGCGCCCAUGGCUGGUGAUGUGGGUGUGGAUGUCUCGCAGCCUGAUUGCGAUAGUCCUUCCAGUGAGCCCCAUCUGCUGACGCCUCGAUUCUCGCUUUCGCCCAUGGUUGGAGAUGUGGGUGCGGAUGUCUCACAGUCUGAUUGCGAUAGUCCUCCCAGUAAGCCCCUUCUGCUGACUGUUCGUGCAGUUGUACAUCAUGCCCUUGACUGGAGCCCCUCGGCCGAGCGUCAGACUGUACGCGAGCGCAGUGCAGACGGGAACAGCCGCGUACUCCGUUCGCAUUCGAAGCGUGUCCAAACCAACAACAAAAACAAUACCAACAGUAGCAACUAAAUCAAUGCAGAUCAUUCAUCCCCAUCCACUUUAUAAAUCUUUGUAAUAUUUGAGCUUCGCUUCUAUCGCGGGGCAUUCUUCCUCAGACGGAAGAACGUUUUCAUCGGCUUUUCGCGUGCGUCCAGACAAGGGCCAUUUCCCUAACCCUAAAUUUCAUCCGACACACUCAGCCCCGGCGAUUAAAUAUAAUUAAAUAUAUGUGCAACUACGCUCUUAUUGAUGUUUCGAUAUGAUAAUUAUAAUUUGGAUUUAUAUUAAGAAACUUA